AUGGUUGGACAUCAUGAACAAUUCAGAGUGACUCUCCCUGCAAGGAAGGUUCCCGUGGGCAAAAUUGCUGUAUCGGGGGAUAACGAGUUCCUUGUUAUCUUUAAGGAUUCUAUUGGCUUGUUCGUAAGUGACUUCCUGCAGAACUAUCCAUUCACGUUCGUUGGGGACGCGGCCCAUUCCUCCCGAGAGGUAGCACGGUAUGCUAUUACUCGUUGUGAGCGUGUUGCACUGAUCGCAUCAACGAGAACAACGGACACAAGGGACUACCUUUGCCAUACUUUCAGAAACGCUGAUUGGUCCCCUCCGGGAGUGGAUAAAAUUUCCCGGACUGUAUUUAGUUGUGUGACGGGUAGUCACCAACUAUUGAUUUGCCUGCGCAAUUUGGAGGCAUGGACGUGUGUGGCCAAUCUCUCAAACCACUGGUUCGACUUCUGGCGGUCGCAAGGUUUGCAGCUUUUGGCCGAAUGUCGAUACGAGUUCCUCGAAGUCCCCGAUGGAGGUGGGAACGAGGAUAAGGUUUUGCGUAGCUCUGAGGCUGUGACAAGGCCACUUGAGUGUCGCACCGUAAGAGACUUUUUCUCAUCCCUCGCCGAAUCUUCUUUCAUGCUGUCCACGUGGUCUCUCAGGGUGAGGGAGUCGAAAAGCCAAACCAUCCGAUGCAAUUGCCUCUUAGUUGCUCUUCACAAAUCUGGGGGCAUUUCCUUCUGGGAUGUUACCAUUCCCCUCGUCGAUGAACGAAGUAUUCGCCUUUGUGCUGUUGAUCGUACCUACGCUGUUCCAUUCGACCCACCGCACCACUUGGCGAGGCCAAACUUUAUCAAAGUAAUUGACAUCGAUUGUGAAAAUAUUAUCCUCGUCGUUGGAUUUACUAACAGUCGGGUGGUUUGCGUGACGUAUCACGCGUACGCCAAAAUCGUGAACAAACUUUCCGUUAAACGGAUCUGCGAUGUGGAUCUUUGCGUGUGCUCGAGUGGUCUAAUUGCGGUGGGGGAUGCAGCUUUCGCGGACAACGUCCUCGCAAUCGCCCACGGAACCCGCCUUAUCGUAGCCAGUGUCCUUAAUCAGAAGAACAUCCAAAUUGUUGCUAAUUUUACCAGCGAUAUGAUUUUGAAACCCAUUUCGGGUAAGCCGUUUUUCCUCACUAGUUUUAUGCACCGGAUGUUGCCUUUUGGUGUCCGUAUUUUUAGAAAUCACCUAUUUAUCUCUUCUCUUGACGGCAUCAUUGCGCAGUCUCCGGUCCCAAGUCAGGUCAAUAAAAAUCCUGAUUUCACCGUCCUCACAAAAGCAUCUACUCUGGGUGGCAGAAACUUUCACCGAUUUUUUUCUGGCUUACAUCUGACGCCGAACGGGGUUUAUGCUGCUUUUCUUGAGUCCACUCUUGCCCCAGCCCUCUGCACCAUCACUUCAAAUCUGGUUUUUCUGAGUGUUCUGCCGAAAACGGCUGUUAUCGCGAUGAUGGAAUCGCUUGGUGCGCCGAUGCGAACAAACUUUGAUUGUUUGCACGAGGUCGCCCUCCUCCUCCGAUCGCCUAAGCUCUUGAAACCGCUUCACACGGAACGCCCCGUCGUCAACUUGGACGCGGAAGCCUGGUUCCAAAAACUCCUCGCCUACCAAAACAAUGUGAUCCUCAAUAACACCCAGGAUCCCUCCAAGUUAGAACUACAUAAGCUUCAGUUCAGAAGGGCCAUCGCAAUUCUUCUUGGAACGGCAUCUGUGAAUUCAGAAGAUGUGAAGCAGCGACUCCAGGCACAAGUGAAGAGACUCGACCAGAUCCUCGCCCUGCGCCAAAUUGAUCGCUGCUAUAGGCUAUUUUUGAGGACCGAAGUACAGCGGCAAUGCCAAGGUGCCCCGAACUUUGUCGUUUCUUUUGAUAUAACUUUUUUUCUUGCUCGCGAUUUUGAUGCGGCCUGGUUUUCAGAUUGCGUUCUCGUUUUCCGGAUCGCCAUCCUGUGUCAAAGGGUUCUGGAGUCGCCUGCUACUGUAGGAGACGUGGAAGCACCGGCUCUCUGUGCCCGAUUAAGUCGAGCCAGCGAGGUCGUAAAGAACGUCGCCCAAAAACUGUACACAAAACGUUUCGCUCAAAGUUCUGAUAUCGAUGGCUCCACUCUUCUGCACUGUCCUAUAUGCCAGCAUGAUAUCCUUUUCGGUUGCGGUGCGCAUCCACAUUCGCGCCCUGUAUGGAUACGUGCUUCAACGAGUGUCCAUCUUGUCGACGUUGUAGUGUUUUCCUUCCCCCCGAGAACAGACAUGAGGGCUGAACCAAGCACUUUUUCGAAUAAGCUCAAGUUUAUCCGACGAAUAAAAAAGUCUGAUAAACGACGAUCGACUACGCCUUUUAACGGCAGUGUUCCUGCAGGGGCCUGCUCAUCGAAGGGUGCUUGUAUAUCCGGUGAGGCUGUCGUGACUGAGUUGAACGAACCACACGACAAACUUACCAAAAGCCUGACCGAUGAGAACGAUCUCCUAAGAAAUAGGAAUACCACUCUAAGAUAUCAAGUAGAGCUUCUUUCAGAACAAUUGAAUGAUAUUAUGGACAUAAAUGUGGACCUAAAAAAGCAGAAUAGCCGGAUCAGAGAGGAAAACAGUAUCCUCCGCAACGACCGAAUACAGCUCUCAGCGAAGAACGAAUGCUUGGUUGAGCAAAUCAUCAUUUUACGGCAGAUGCUCGAAGAUAUGGGCGUAUCAGUGGAUGAGCCAAGAGACUUUGAAGUGCGAGAACCUAGUGCAGAGGACCGGGAGUUGGGUGCAAUCGAUGUCGACAAAAUUGACCCUCUUCACUCCAGCAGUAAUCAGCAGACUCCGGCAUCCCACAGGAAACCCCCUCCAUCAAGCGGCUGUAAUCUCGAUUUCCUGUAA